UCUAUCGGUGUAGCAGCCUCCUGGGGAGCAGGGCUCGAUAAGAACGCCAGCCCCCGGCCGCGAGCUCGGCGCCGGGAGCCGGGAGCCCCGCCAUCUGCUCCUCGCCGGCCGCCCCCCGAUUUCCAAGCUCGUGCUACUUUAAAGCGAGCGAGGGAGCGAGCGAGCGAGCGGGAGCCGGGAAGCGAACAAAAGAGUUCUGGUGCUUCCUUAAAGCCCCUGGCAGGCUGCUUGCUUAAUCAUACAACUGCCCUUCAGCUAUCCACAUGGGUGUGCCCUCGCGCUUAUGUCCCUCCUUCAUCAAAACUGCAAGCAAACUUCCGAGCCCUCACUCCCGGCCCGCACAUCCUCCUCGGCCGCGCUCGCUCUCGGCCGCCUUUGUCUCAGCGCCCAGGGCCUCUUCCGACGGGACACGCGAUGGACGGCGCGCGGAGCCGGACGCUCUGGGGCUUGUUCUUGGUGCAGCUCAGCCUGGCCCAGAUCGAACUGAAUAUUACCUGCAGAUUUGCAGGGGUUUAUCACGUUGAGAAAAAUGGCCGAUACAGUAUUUCUCGAACAGAGGCUGCUGACCUUUGUAAGGCUUUUAAUAGCACCCUUCCUACCCUGGCACAGAUGGAGCAAGCAUUGAGCAUUGGGUUCGAGACUUGCAGGUAUGGAUUCAUAGAUGGACAUGUCGUAAUCCCACGAAAGACACCCAGGUUUCUCUGUGCAGCAAAUAACACUGGGGUAUAUAUCCUUGCCUCAAAUAUGUCUCAAUAUGACACCUACUGCUUCAAUGCCUCAGCCCCACAGGACAAGGAGGAUUGCUCAUCUGUCACAGAUAUACCAAGUACAUUUGAAGGACAAAUCACCAUAGGCAUUGUAAACCCCGAUGGAACUCGCUAUACCAAGAAAGGAGAAUAUCGGACAAAUCCUGAAGAUAUCAACCCCACCUACAAUACAGAUGAUGAUGGGAGCAGUGGAUCUGCGGGUGAGAGGAGCACCAUGGGAGGCUCCACCAUCAUUCAGACUACAUACGAUGAUGUAACACCUACUGCCUUCAAGUACCCCAAAUCUGAUGACGAUGAAACCUUUCCUUCAAUCACCAAGACUCAUUCCAUUCCUGAAACAACAACUCAGGAGCAGCAUAAUUGGAUGUGGUCGUGGUUUGUUCAUUCACCUCCUAAGACUGAGUAUCUUACAACAGCCAAGCCAGUAACAGCAUUGACCAGCUCUAGUGGUACAAUCCAUGAGACAACAGCAAAGAAACAAGAAGACUCUGACUGGUUUUCACAGUGGUUCUGGCCUUCCAAACGUGAGAGGCAGCUGCACACAACCACAAGGACAGCUGGUAUCGACUCAACUUCUACCCCAGCAGACCUGGAACCAAAUGAGGAAAAUGAAGAAGAAACAGGAAAAUUCCCCAGUUAUUCUGGAUCAGGCAUUGAUGAUGAUGAAGAUUUUAUCAGUACCACUUUAGCUACAACACGUGCUACAAGUCAAGAAACAACCCAAGGCUGGCAACACUGGGCACAUGGUCAUCCAAAUCCAGAAGAACAACCUCAAACAACAGCAAAAGUGACUGCUGUUGUGGACAUGGACAGACGUGAUGAUAGGGCUCAUGGUGAAAAUUCAACCCAAGAAUCACAGAAUCCUCUUAUUCAUGGUGGGAACCAUGAAGAUUAUGAUGGACAUCAUUCUUCAAGUACAACCUUGGACACACCUAGAAGUACAACCCAAGAAACAACAACUGAUCAGCAAGAAAGUGGAUGGUUUUGGUGGCAUCCGAAACCACCAAAAGAAGAUGCUGAGACAACAACAGAGACAACGGCUCAGGACACAUAUUCCAGGCAGCAAACAACAUUCCAGAAGCAAGAUGAUUCCUGGAUAGGCUACCUUGAUCCAAUUUCCCAUCCAAUGGAACACUACAAUCCAACAGGAAGGAACAUGGAUGGAAAACAUACUGAAGCAUCUACCCAUGACCCAAUGGGAGAUGGUACCUCUUUUUUCUCAGACUUAAAUGAGGAACUGCCCCCCAUUUCACCUUCUACCCCUCUGAGUACUGUGACAUCUGGAGUUACUGAAGUUAUCUUUCCAGGAGGUUUUGAUUCUGAAAAUGAAAAAUUCCAAACAGAUACAGUACCUCACCACUCAACUGCAGAUCCACAGGAAGGAUGGACAGAAGACAAUGAUAUCACAGAUUACCCUCCAAUGGUCACCCCAGAACAGAAUCACCACUCUCAGAGCACCUCCAGACCACAUACAGGUGUGGAAGAUGACCAUACGCAUCCCGCAGGUCCUUCUCCAACAUCUCUCAUAGAUGCAGAUGAUGAAAGCUUUCCUGAAGACUCAACCACUCCUGGCGAAGAUUCUUUUGACUCAGUCACAAAUGAGAACUCAGCUCACUUCUCAAUGAUCCCUAUGUCUACUGAGUUGCCAACUAACCCUACUGUUUUUGGAGGUUUUAUUCCUGAUAAUGCACAAAAUCCUUCAGAUCGUGAUGACUCCCGCCCUGGUCAACCCCGCAGGCCGGAUGUUACAUCUCAUGCAACGCCAUCCUAUGAAGGCAACCAAGGCCUCUCUGAACAAACUCCCAACCCUAAAAGACAGCCCAAAAUUCCAGAGUGGCUGAUCAUCCUCUCGGCUCUCUUGGCGCUGGCUCUGAUCCUAGCUGUCUGCAUUGCUGUCAACAGUCGAAGAAGGUGUGGGCAGAAGAAGAAACUUGUGAUUAACAAUGGUAAUGGAGCAGUUGAUGACAAGAAGUCCCCUGGACUGAAUGGUGAUGCCAGCAAGUCUCAGGAAAUGGUGAAUCUGGUGUACAAAGAACCAUCUGAUGGCCAAAUAGGACAAGAUGAGUACAUGAAUGCUGAUGAGACUCGGAACCUGCAGAACGUCGAUAUGAAGAUUGGAGUAUAAGACCAGCCAGGCCUGCUUGUCAAAUGAGAGUUGGGACAUCACCAUUACAUGGAACUGGGACUAACUCAGAUGCAAUGUGCUACUGAUAGUCAUCUUGGCUUUUUUUUUUUUUUAAUCAAAUUUUUUCUUGUCCUUUGGGUUUUGUUGUCAUUGGUUUUUUUUUUUUUUAAAGUCAAAUCCAAAUUACCAAAAUGAACAGUUGGGUAUGAAUUUGAUAAUACCAGUUCCUGCCUGGAGGGCUCCCACUGGCCGUGGUUUGUGAUGGGUGGCUGCUAGCUUGAACAAAGAUACAUUUCAUAUUCUCCUGUCCUUCUAUUCCUUUCCAUUUCUUCCCACCUUCUCCAGUAUCUCUCGUUCCCAUUCUAUUUUCAAGAUCUUUGCAAGUAACGUUUCCUGUGUCUAAAGAGAGUUCAAGGAGAAAGGAGAUAGGUGAUUAACAGGAAACAUGAAAGGAAAAACAGACAAGGUCUCAUGGAGCAGGGAUAGAAGCACUAUUCCCAAAAUUCUAGUUUUCAAAGGCCAGCUGGUUACCCAUCCCCUUGUAGCCUGGUACUCUGGAAAGUUGCUAUGGCUCAUGGGCCAUGCCUGGAGGGUGAAGCUAUUUAAUUCUAGUUAACUAUUUAACUCUGUUUUGACAAGCCCAGCCCCGGAGGUCCAUUGAUCAGGGUGCCUUUGUUAGAGAAGAUAAAAGGCUUUAAAGGUCUGUAUUUCUCUCACCAGUAUUUCUCUGUUACUUUCCUUUAGUAACUGAGUUCUCCCUGUGGGUAGACCAGAAGGCCAUUCAAAGCCAUCCUUGGAAUCUUCUUAGAGAUAGCUUAACUCAAUUCAAAUUUCACAAGAGAUCAAAGAAAAUAUCAGUAUUGUCUCUCUGAGGUCUAAGAAGUCCCACUCUCCUAAAACUGUAAUCUUAAGAGGCUUGGCACUAUUAAUGUUCUCAUUCCCACCUGUUAUAUUGCCUUGCAGGUAAUUUUUAAAUCAUGUUAAAUAUGUAUAACAUACCCUUUGCUGAGGUGGAAGGCAGGGCAGUUGCCAGUUCAUUUGCUAUUCUUUUGAACCCUGGCCCAGCUAAGCUAGUCAUGUCCAUGAAAAUUAACCCACACCCCUUCACCCGCAUAUCACAUACAAUGGAAAAAAUAUCAAAAGAAUGAAAAGGAAAGAGGAUGUAAAUAGUCACUAUCCAACCUAAAGAUUGGAACAGGAUUUUUUAUUUUUAUUUUUUGCUUUUUGGGGGGUGGGGGUGGAGAAGGGGAAGGGCUCCUGUGCAAGUGCUUUUUAUUAGUGUAUUUAUUUUUAUUUUAACAACCUAGUGGAAUCUAUUUUGCCUAGGGCAGGUCACAUAGUUCUGGAGCAAGUUUAGAUCUUAAACAGAGCCAGAACGGAUCUCAGAAGUCAUCUUGGUAACCUUCUCUGUCUCAUUUUACAUAUGAGAAGGAAAAUGGGCUUUCUUAGGUCAGUUAUCUAAGGGUUCCCUGAAAGAGUGAUGGAAUUUUCUCCAUUCUUGGUCCUGGGAAAACUUCAAUUCUAUGUAUAUAGUACUUACUUAGUUCCCUAAAUCAGUCAUAGCUCCUUUCUCCCCUUCCAUGGUACCUAGUAGCUGAAGAAGACUUUCAAAACUUCUCAAGUCCACUUGAAAUGAGUCACCAAAUCCAUAAAAUGGGUCUGUAAAAACAAAUCCACUUUCUGAGUCAUGGUGCCAAUGGGAACCAUGUGUCAGGGAGAAAACUGGUCCCUGCUCUACUCAUCAGGCAAUGCUUUUGAUACAAAAAUAUCUUUUAGCACAAAUGUCAUUUAGGGCCUUAUUCACAAAAAUGUCUACUCUAAAUGCAUCUUAUUUGGCAGAUAAAUAAAGGAUAAGAUAGCCUUUUGUUGGUCUUACACUAGGGCCUUGGUGAACAUUCAAUGCUUUUUUUUUAAUUUCUGUCUCCAUCCUGGGCCAGUUCCAGAUUUAAUCUGGGCCUUUUUCUUUUACAUUUCUAACCAAUGAAAUGUCAUUUCAUGACAAGGAUCCCUUUUAUUUCUUUCUUGUGAUCAUCCCCAGAAGCAAAAGUUGAUUCUCUAGCUACUCUGGUGAUCUUCACAUAUGUACUAUCAGAUUUAAGACUAACAUGACCCAAGAAACUUUAGGCUAUGGACACUCAUAUCCAAUAUGGACAAAGCUAAAGUAUCAUUCUCAAGCCUCAUUGAGUCCUAAUAUCAGUUUGGCUUCUGACAUGUUGGUCUUUCACAGGCCCAUUGCCAUCCAAACAAUAUAUCUGAUUAAAAUGAUUUCUUUGGGAAAAAACUUAGUUUUCAUAGGGUAAAAUUGUUUUCUGCUCAGAAACCACACACACACACACACACACACACACACACACAUAUACUUUGUGUCCAGGCUCUAGAUAUAAUUCCCCCCUGCAACCAAGCUUAUGGAUCCCCUGAAACCUAUUCAUAGAUCCUUUGGGAAUCUCUGGAUGUCAGAUUUAAAACUCCUGAUCUAGCACAACCUCCUCAUUUUAUUGAUAGGGAAAUAUAAAUUCUCCCAAGGUUUCUUUCUUUACCUUCAUAUCUCCAACUUUUACUAUCACUCCUGGCACAUAGUAAGUACUUAAUAAAUGCUUGUUGAGUUGAAAAAAACAGCAGUCCAAUUCCCUGAUGCCCCUCUUCUCAUGAGAUUUCUUACCUCACUUUUAAAAAUCAUGGCAGGUCUAUGAUGUAUUUCUUAAAAACACUGAUGGUUUCAAACUUGCUGGACAACCUUAAACAACUACUUAACAUCUUUUAGACUUAUGGCAAAAUAGAGUUGCUAGCAUUGGUUUCCUUGCAAAGCAACACAACUUUAGAAAAUAGUGAUCCUGCCAUUGCCAAUUUUCUCCUUAUUCUAAGGGCUGAAUUGAAAUUUAACAUUAUACAAAAAAGUAAAUGGGCAAAUGAUCACUUUAUAUCUACCCCUUGACAUGUUUUAGUCGAGGAAAACAGACUUCUCUGGUGGAGCUUUUCCUCUGCAGAAAACUGCUUGGCACGUAGUAGGUGCUUAAUAAUUGAAUAUUGACCAAUUAGUCAAUGAUGGAUAAUGACUUUGGGAAGAUAUUAAUUGAUAUAUUGAGUCACACCAACAGAAUAAAGUGACUCCCAGUUUCUCUUGAGGAAAAAAAACAUUUGAUAAGCAAUAAUACAACUUGUGCAGCUGGAUGGUGCAAUGAAUAGGGUGCCACAUCUGGAGUCAAGAAGACCUGAGUACAAAUCCAAUCUCAGAAGUAUCUCAGAUACUUCCUAGCCAUGUGGUCCUGGGCAAGUCACUUCACCCUAUUUGCUUCAGUUUCCUCAUCUGUAAAAUGAGUUCGAGAAGGAAGUGACAUAACACUCUACUAUCUUUGUUGAGAAAACCUUGAAUGGGGUUAUGGAAAAUCAGACAUAACUGAAAAACAACUAAACAACAACAACAAAAAAAUAUGACCUGUUAAACACCAUAUCGUGGGUACUAUUUAGUAUAACAGGUGUGUGAUGAUUUCUUGAAAAAAAAUUGAAUAUUGUUGAUUUAUCUGUGCAUGUAAUUGGUUAUCCUCAUUUUUUAAAGUAUUAUCUGUCUUUUCCCAGAUAUUUGUUUAUUUAUUGAGGAACUGCUUAUAAAGAGAAAAAGCAUGAUUUGUAUAUUGCCCUGAUGGAAAGGACUUAUUGGAAAACAUUAAAUGGUCAAUGGAAUCCACAA